AUGCUGGUAUCCUUCACCUUCCUCUUCUCGCGGUACUACUGCCUCAGCUGCUAUGAGAAGUACGAGACGAUAACACUCCUGAAAAUGGCAGAUGCUGAGUUUCCAGUCAAGCCGGCCAUCGCCAGGGAAUUCAAGUACCAAUGUGGGCUUUCCAUGAAUCUCGUGCAGAGGAUCGUGGAUGAAGAUGUGAUGCACCUUCCUGUCAUGGGCGAGCCCAAGGUUGAUGCGAAGAAAUGCGAGGUAACCUAUGAAGAGGUCAAGGCCAUUUGCAAUGAGCUUCCUGUCGGAGCGCUGGAGCCAACAAUACCGGUGGAGAUCCCGGCAUCGCGCACCAUCACCUGCACGACGCAGGAGUGUUGUGGCAGUGCGGAGCAGCCGCCGAAUCCAAGCUGCUUCGACCCCGUAUACACAGAGGAGCUUUGCUGCAUGGAGGCGGACUGGGACAUUGAGUGCUGGCAGCAUGCGCGAGUACAUCUGUCAGAAGCACGAAGGAUAGCCGAUGGCCAGGCUACAGCUGGCACGGCCGGCUGGGCUAUGCAGAUGGAAGCCUUGCAGCGUUACAUGGUAGAUGACAUGCUUCUCUACCUGUUCUGCUGCAACGGCUUUCACAACGAGUACUGCUGGGGACCUGCAGUUCCACAGGCGCUGUUGCCCGACCCCGACGCAUGGGAAGGUGUCUCCGACAUCGUUGCAUGGUAUCCGCGCUGCUGCUUUCCCAGAUUGCGGGGAAUGCUGAAAGCCGGACACUGGUAA